GUCCCAAAGGUUCCCCUGGGUACUGCUGUCCGUCACUGUAAUGAAGAGAAGGGCUGGCUGCCUCCAGAGCUGUUUAACUGCACCACCCUCACCUUCAGCCUCCUCAACAAGAUGAACGAGGAUCUGAAGCGUAACGGGUCUGUGAUGGACAGCGAGCACUCCCUGGCCAUCGUGCAUGCGCUCCAGAACGCCACCAACCACACGCAGCGUUUCUACGGCAACGACGUGCGCGUUGGGUGGCAGCUCCUGGAGCGCGUGCUGAGGUACGAGAGCGCACGUGACGGCUUCCAGCUCACCGCCACCAGAGACGCCCACUUCAACCAGGACCUGGUGCGUGUGGGCAGUGCCCUCCUGGGCCCAGGCACCAGGGAGCUGUGGCAGGUCAUCCAGAAGACAGAGGGGGGCAGUGCCCACCUGCUGGGGGCCUUCCAGCUCUACGCCAACACCCUGGCUCAGAACGUGCGCAAGACUCACCUCAGACCCUUCACCAUCGUCACUGACAACAUGAUUGUUGCCGUGGACUACCUGGAUGUGAGGGACCCAGAGAGGAGUUCCCUGCCCAGGUUCCAGGAGCUGCUGGAGGACUACCCCAGAGAGCUGGCCUCCUCCGCUCACUUCCCCCCGCCCUCCCCCGACCCCCAGGCCCCGCCGACAGAGUUCCCGGAGGAAGAGGAGGAGCCAGGACACACGCCGACCAAUAGGAAGAAGCGCCACGCCCAGGUCCCCACCCCCCUCCCGGUCGCCGUGGUCAUAGUGUACAGGUCACUGGGUCAGCUGCUCCCGGAGAGAUACGACCCUGACCGCAGGAGCCUCAGGCUGCCCAACCGUCCUGUGAUCAACACAGCCAUAGUGACCACCACUCUGCACAGGGAGGAGGCGGGCCCCCCGGGCCCCCCGGGCCCCCUCACACUGCUCUUCUCUCUGCUGGAGACACAGGAGAGGAGCAAGCCUGUGUGUGUGACCUGGGACCACUCCCUUCCGAUCGGGGGAACAGGAGGAUGGUCUACUAGAGGCUGUGAGCUGCUCAGUAGGAACAACACACACAUCAGCUGCCAAUGCAGCCACAUGACCAGCUCCGCUGUGCUCAUGGACAUCUCCAAGAGAGAGCAUGGAGACGUGCUCCCUCUGAAGAUCGUCACCUACACCACCGUCAGCACCUCCCUGGCAGCGCUCCUCCUCACCUUCCUCCUCCUCCUCAUCCUCCGCCGCCUGCGCUCCAACCUGCACGCCAUCCACCGCAACCUGGUCUCCGCCCUCUUCCUCUCCCAGCUCAUCUUCCUCAUCGGCAUCAACCAGACAGACAACCCGUUUGUGUGCACAGUGAUCGCCAUCCUGCUUCACUUCUUCUACAUGUGUGUAUUUGCGUGGAUGUUCGUGGAGGGGCUGCAUAUCUACCGCAUGCUGACGGAACAGCGCAACAUCAACCACGGACACAUGAGGUUCUACUACGCCAUGGGCUGGGGCAUCCCUGCUGUCAUCACUGGCCUGGCAGUGGGGCUGGACCCUCAGGGUUAUGGGAACCCAGACUUCUGCUGGCUCUCUGUCCACGACACGCUCAUCUGGAGCUUCGCAGGACCCGUGUCUGUGGUUGUCCUGGUCAACAUCGUGAUCUUCGUCCUGGCUGCCAAGGCCUCAUGUGGCCGGAGACAGAGGUCCUUAGAGAAGUCAGGAGCCAUUCCGGCUCUGAGGAUGGCCUUCCUGCUGCUGCUGCUCAUCAGCGCCACCUGGCUGCUGGGUCUGAUGGCGGUCAACAGUGAUGUCAUGACCUUCCACUACCUGUUCGCCAUCUUCAGCUGUCUGCAGGGAGUGCUGAUCUUCCUGUUCCAUGUGGUGUUCAGUGCGGAGGUGAGGAAGAGUCUGAAGAGCUUGUUCACAGGGAAGAAGAGCUCGGCUGACGAGAGCAGCACUACCAGGGCCUCUCUGCUGACGCGGUCUCUGAACUGUAACAACACCUACCCAGAGGACGGCCCCCUGUACCGCUCCACCCUGGGGGAGUCGUGCGCCUCCCUGGACAGCACGCUCAGGUCAGCCCGCAGCCCCUCCAGCUACCUCGCUUACUCACUCAGAGAUGACUCUGGACAGAAGCCCAGUGUGUCAUCGGGGACAGCGAAGGCUGGACACACGGAUCUGGAUGGUUCUCUGUUCCACCGUAACGGCACCAAGGGAGAUGACUCGGACUCGGACAGCGAGCUCUCCGUGGAUGACCACAGUUCAUCCUAUGCCUCGUCUCACUCCUCGGACAGCGAGGACGACGACCUUGACGUCAAGCCCAAGUGGAACAACGAGAGGCACAACAACGAGAGGCAGCCUCUACACAGCACCCCCAAAGUGGAAGCAGUGUCCAAUCACGUGAAGCCUUACUGGCCCACGGAGGCGACUACAGCCAGUGACAGCGAGGAUCUGGGGGGGGCGGAGCGCCUGAAGGUGGAGACCAAGGUGAACGUGGAGCUGCACCAGGAGAACAAGCUGAACCACAUUGGAGAACCCUCCCAGGAGAACCCCAGCAGGGACACAGUGCCCCCUAGCGGCACCAACAGCAACAGCAACCACCUUCCUGAGCAGAGGAAGGGUAUCCUGAAGAACAAAAUCUCCUACCCCCCUCCUCUAACCGACAAGAACAUGAAGAACAAGUUGAGGGAGAAACUAGGAGACUACAACCCUCCCACCAUCUCCCCUCCCCCCGCCCACCCCCCCACCGUCCCCCCCUCCCGGCCCCCCUCCAUAGCCUCUAACGAUGGCGUGCGCACCGUCUCCCACGGCAACAGCGUGGUCAUCAUCAAGCCCGCCCAGCGCCCCGUCCCGCCCCCGCGGGAGCAGCAGAACGGAGGCGUGGCCAUGAGCCUGAAGUCCGGCACCGUCAACGGGGGCAACGAAUCAGACUCAGAAGGCAGUAAUGAAACUUCGAUCUGACCCAUCAGGAAAAUCAGCCUUCCUCUGUGAGGAGCACAGACAGAGGGGAGAGAGGGGAGGAUGGGAAAGAAAAAGAGCGAGAGACACAAUGAAGGAGAGGAUGCCCCCCUCCUCCUCCCCCUCCUCCUCCCAUCCCCGGGGGAGAGAAGAGAGAGAGACAAUUAGUCAAGCAGGCUUUAAGCCUUCCGGUAUCAAGGAAAGGACUGAAAUACAGAACAAAUAAAGGGAAAGAUUCUAACCAAGAGGGGAUCCUACAGAUCACAUGGACCCCCCCCCCCCCCCCCCCCAUGUGCCAAACCACUACAGGGGCUGGGAAAAAACUCCAGCCCCCAGAAUGCACUGUGAUUUCUGAAUGACUUCUUCCUGGGUCAGUCAGAGACUGAGGCCACAGCACAGACUCAGUUAAAGCCCAGAUGCAUGACCACUGUGUGAGCAGGCUGACGAGGCUCCUGUAGGCUAGUACAAGAAGAGGACUACGUAUCCCAUGGGGCACUGCAGGAGUUUUUAUUUCUUCUUCCUCCCAGAAAGCAGCUCAGUUCUGAGGGUGGAGAGUUAGACACUAAUCUGUAUUGAGGUUCAGCAUCACUAAUGAUGAACCCUUUCUCUGUAGCCUGCUGUUUGGCCAGCUGGAAUUGCACUUUGUGGCUUAUUGUUUGAGACACCCUACUGUACUUAAUGCUGUAUCCACACACUGGACUCACUAGCUCAUUUAGACUAGCUAACUCGGACUAGCUAGCUAGAUCGGACUGACAAAUUCCUGGUUAGCAAAGCCUAGCUGGUCCUGACUAGCUAACUCAGACUAGCUAAUUGUUGACUAGCUAACUCGGACUAGCUAGCUAAAUCGGACUGACAAAUUCCUGGUUAGCAAAGCCUAGCUGGUCCUGACUAGCUAACUCAGACUAGCUAAUUGUUGACUAGUUAACUCGGACUAGCUAGUUCCUGGUUAGCUAAGACUAGCUAAGGUUAGCUAAGACUAGCUAACUCAAGCUAGUCUGACCCACCAAGUGCCCUUCACUCUUUUACCAGCCUCAGCCACAUCCCAAUGUUUGAGUGUAAUUACUUUGUAGAUAUUUCAAAAGAAAUGUUAUAUUUUGUAUUUGAACAGUGUCUUUUAUGAAAGAAAAAUAAGUACAUGUGUAAAUUGAAAAUGAUUUUCUGAUACUUUUGAGAUACUUUUUUUAAGGAGAAAAUUUGAAAGAAAAAAAAAAACAUCUAGGAAUUCUGAUUGUUGAGAAAUCAUGUUGAAGAUCAAAACUUGUGCCUUUGUCCAACACACUCACAGACACACUCACACACACACUCACAGAUACACUCAGACACACUCACACACACAUUAUUUUGUUACCGUAACAACGUGAUAGAGCUGGGAAGAACUGGACCUGAAUAGUUUAGGAACAACUUCACACACACACCUCGUCCAAGUUUUUUUUUUUUAUGAACUGGUUGUUCUCUCCCCUCCCCAGUGUUGGGAUCAUGUCCUGUUUUAUGCUCAGAGACACUGGAACUGUUUUGUAACAUAUGUAUAUUUAUUUUUAUGGUUUUAAGACACUGUAAACUGAUGAUUGUGACAUGUGAAAAAUUAAAAAUGUCACGAUGCAUUAG